AUGCCGGACAAACCUGUGUUCCCUGCAGAUGUUCAUCAGACGGUGCUGAUUAAAGAAGAAGCUCCUGAAGAACGGAGUUCUGGUGUGGACCAGAAGGACCCAGAGACCCUCAACAUAAAGGAGGAAGAGGAGGAACUGAGGAUCAGUCUGGAUGUAGAGCAGCUCAGUGUGAAGGAGGAGACUGAUGACACCAGGUUCUCCUUCAUUGCAGUUCAUUUGAAGAGUGAGGAUGAUGAAGAGAAACCUCUGUCCUCUCAGUUUCAUCAGCACCAAGUGGAAGAUGGAGAUCUUCCAGCCAGCAGCUCAGCUGACCAGAUGAAAGCAGCAACUGGUGGAGAAGAUUGUGUUCAACUCUACAGAUUAGAUGUUCAGCAGAUGAUACUGAUUGUAAAAGAAGGUUCUGAAGAAUGGAAGUCUGAUGAUAUGGACCAGAAGGACCCAGAGCUCCUCCAUAUGAAGCUUCAUCAGCACCAAGUGGAAGAUGAAGAUCUUCCAACCAGCAGCUCAGCUGACCAGAUGAAUGCAGCAACUGUUGGAGAGGACUGUGGAGGAGCAGAAACUACCAGGAACCCGGAUCUAAAUACUCAUGAAUAUGGUUCCAGCUCUUCAGAGACUGAAGACAGUGAGGAUGAUGAUGCAGAGGUGAAUGAUCCCGAUUAUCAGCUGAAAGACUCAUCAGAUGCUGGAUCAGAACCUGAAGAUGUUGACAAAGGCUGGACAGAGAGCAGGGCUCCUGAGUCAGGUGUAAACACUGUCAACAAAUCUUGCAGCUUCUCUGAGUGUGAGAAACAAUUUCUCCACAAGCCGUCUGUCCAGAGAAACAAGACAGGUCAUUCAAGAAUAACGUCCUCAAGUUGUUUGGUUAGAAAGAAUUGUCUUUUAGGGAAGAAAACUGGAGACUCAAACGAAAAAAUUAAUUCAAGACAGAAAUCAUUUACUUGUGAUGUUUGUGAACAAUGGUUUAGACACAAGUCACAUUUGAAGGCACACAUGAUAAUCCACACAGGAGAGAAACAAUUUGUCUGUGAUGUUUGUGGACAAAGGUUUGGACAAAAGUCAUAUUUAAAGCCACACAUGAGAAUCCACACACGAGAAAAACCAUUUGCUUGUGAUGUUUGUGGACAAAUGUUUAGAGAUAAGUCAAGUUUAAACUCGCACAUGAGAAUCCACACAGGAGAGAAACCAUUUGCUUGUGAUGUUUGUGGACAAAGGUUUAGACGGAAGUCUACUUUAAACUCGCACAUGAGAAUCCACACAGGAGAAAAACCAUUUGCUUGUGAUGUUUGUGGACAAAGGUUUAGACAGAAAUCAAAUGUAAGCUCACACAUGAUAAUCCACACAGGGCAGAAACUAUUUUCUUGUGAUGUUUGUGGACAAAAGUUUAGAGAUAAGUCAACGUUAAACAUACAUGUGAGAAUCCACACAGGACAGAAACCAUUUGCUUGUGAUUUUUGUGGCCAAAGGUUUAGUCGGAAGCCAACUUUAAACUCGCAUAUGAGAAUGCACACAGGAGAAAAACCAUUUGCUUGUGAUGUUUGUGGACGCAAGUUUAUAAACAAGUCAAUUUUAAACAGACACAUGAAAAUCCACACAGGAUGA